AGGUUUUUUUCUCUCCUUUCUGUUUACGGGGAGAGAAGUAGACGUGAUCACUGGGGUACACCGAACACACGGUUGAGCGGUGUAGCCAGUAAUAUAGUGUUCCUUUAGCGCUAGGCUGGGCCUUACAAUUUCAGUUCGGUCGGAUUAUCUCGGCUAAAGGGAAAAGUCACCUGCUUAGGGAAUUAGUCUACGAUCAUACUGUGGAGGAAACAUUUAUUUUUUAGCGAUAAAAAUGAAAGGGAAGAAAACUUGACAAAUUCAUAGAGCGUUCGGGUGUUUUCCCCACUGCACUGCUCUUUGCGGAUUAUCGCGGAUUAGCAGGGUUAUUAAGUGGUUGAUUAAUGGUGCUUCAAUCAAGAACACUUGACGAGGUUUUGAAAUGAUUGAAACACAAUGGGUGUAUGUUUUCAUGCAUUGUCGAAAUAUUAUGACAUUACCUGAAGACCGAUUGAAGGAUAUCGUUGGCUUAACAAGAUUAUCAACAGAUUAACGCCAGGAUUAACUGUUUGGCGAGAACGUAUCCGUGAUUUUUGCGACAUGCCGUGUGAGAGUAGGUGGAUUGUGUGAUAAAUUUCCCUGUUAAAGGAAUCGGUAAAGUUCCGAUUAUCUGUUCUUAAAAGGAUCAAGUAAAAAGAUAUAUAUGACACAAGACAGCAAUUGUUACUGAAGUUCUUCUGUUUUUUUUUUAAAUAUGUGCAUAUGAAGAGAUCUAUCCGGAAUCAGUUUUCUUCAGUAGGAAUAAGGGGAAAAAUUGUUCUUUAGAAAAUUUAUGUUUAUCUCACCUCUGAGGUGCAGGAGAAAUCCAUGUGAUAUGCGAAAAUGGCGCGAAAAUGUGUAUUAUGGACACUAACAGUUCGGAUAUUCCUACAUAUAGUUCUAUUUCCUCUUCUUGUGUCUGGGAUAGGUGACAUAUGGUGGAGCUUAGGAUUAUCGCCGAGACUUAAUGUAUUCAGGAACCCUAAUUUAUACUUGAUUGGUACUCAACCAAUGUGUACCCAGUUAAAAGGACUAUCCCCCGGCCAAGUGCGCCUGUGUCAGCUGUUCACGGACCACAUGCCCGCCGUGGGUCGAGGGGCGCAGCUCGGAAUCUUAGAAUGUCAGCAUCAGUUCGCGAACAGACGGUGGAACUGUUCUACGAUAGAGGGUGAUUCUUCAGUGUUUGGUCCAGUCUUAAAUGUUGCAAGCAGAGAGGCUGCUUUUACUCAUGCAAUAUCAUCUGCUGGUGUCAUCCAUUCCGUCAGUCGCUCGUGUAAGGAAGGCGAACUGAGCAAAUGUGGGUGUAGCAAAGCCGGGCGACCAAAAGACAUGGCCCGGGACUGGAUCUGGGGUGGAUGUGGGGAUAAUAUAGAGUACGGGUACAGAUUCGCCAAAUACUUCGUAGAUACACGUGAAAGAGAUAAAAACCAUAGGAGAGGCUCCAGGGAACUUGGGCGAAUGUUAAUGAAUCUCCAUAACAACGAAGCAGGACUUCGGGCGGUGUACAAUUACGCUAUGGUGGCCUGUAAGUGUCAUGGAGUUUCAGGAUCGUGCAGUUUGAGAACGUGUUGGCAGCAGUUACCCGCCUUUAGAGACGUGGGAGAUAGGCUUAAAGAACGAUAUGAUGGCGCGGUAGAGGUCAGGUUCAACAAACGGGGAACAAAACUCAUUCGUAGGAACAAGAAAUUCAAUAAACCCACUUCAGAAGACCUAGUGUACUUUGAGAACUCCCCUGACUAUUGUAACGCCAACCCAGAAACAGGGUCACGUGGUACAGUAGGAAGGGAGUGUAGUAAAACGUCCAGCGGAAUGGACGGGUGUAAUCUUCUGUGCUGUGGGCGCGGAUAUAACACUUUUAAACGGAAAGUGGUGGAACGGUGCAAGUGUAAAUUUAAGUGGUGUUGUUAUGUCGAGUGUCAGACUUGUGAACGAAUUGAAGAUGUGUAUAUCUGCAAGUGAACGAGCGACUAUUUUAUUUCUCGGAAGUGGGAUAAAUCUUCUUUGUCGUUAAGUGAGGCCAGACCUUGCGAAAGUAAAACUUGCCAUCCCAUAACGGAGACAGAAACUUCUCUGUGAAGAAAAAACUUUUUUAUUCCGCCCAUUUAUAAAGUGCUAAUACGACUUUAUCAAUGAGAUGUGAUGGGAUAUAUUGUGAAACAGAGGAGAAAAAUCACUGAAUCGUGGUUCAUAGUGCAAACUGUUUCGCGCAUUUGAAAAAUGUGACGAGCACUUCGAUUGGCUGCCAGAAAAUUGUUACUGCUGUAGUUGACCAAUGACUGAUCGUCUCUUCAUUGUAUUGACUUUGUCAUAAACACUUGUGUUUAUUGCAAGUAUUUGUUGAUUUAUUUUACUAAAAUAGAAUGUUAUUCAUAUCAUUUCAUCAUAAACCAUGUUUGUACAGAUAUUAGAUAAUAUGUCUCGGAAAAUAUUGCACUAUCCUUUUCGAAUUGGAGAAGACAAAAAAGAUGUUAUAUUGAACUUAACAGAGAGAGAGGGGAUAAUGUUACAAAAAAUUAUAAAUUCAUACUAGCUUUGGUUAAAUAAAGGAAAGUAAGGAUAGUUUUAUGACAUUUAUGCUUAUAAAAUAUGUCCAUGUGAAUACAAGUACAUUGUAUGUACAGCACACACACAUUUAUUUAUUUGAAUACGCAACUGUGUUGAAAAUUCAUAAUUACAUGUAUUCAUUCUGAAGCAUUGCACAUAGCAAUAGAUUCAGGGCAACACUUAUUUUCUAUCAGCUGUUAUGUCAUAUGCCCUGUUCUUUCUUUCGUUUUAUAAAAUGUUAAGUGUAUAAAUUCAAACACCUGUUUUUUCUCUCUUAUUGUGCUCUUAACUUAUGGCAAUCAUCACUCAUGAAUACUUAAUUUAUUCAUUUAAAUAUAAUUGAUGAUCGUUUUCUGUUUAAAGAAAAGUGACAUUUAUAAAGAAUUUUUUUUUUUGAAAUGAUGAAAUAUGAUAAUGCAUUGACAGGAAAGCUAGUUAUUAUAAAAAUGUUAAAUAAUAACUUUUUUUACAUUGAAGAAUCCUGAAAAUAUGUUCAACUUCCCCCUUUUAAAAAAUUCCUAAGAUUCUUAAUUUUCCUGAUUUAUUUUUUUAUAAUAUAUGUCAAUAAUUUUGCCAUAAUUCAAAUGAAUAACGAUGAUUUAUUUCAUUUAAAUAUCAGAUAUAAAGUUCAAAGAAAGGUCAUCGAACUUUAGUUUUAACAUAAGUAGAAAAUCGACUUUAAUCUAAUCAAAUUGUACAUAUAAUAUGUCCUACUGACGUGUUUAAUCGACUUAAAUCUAAUCAGUUUGUACAUAAAAUAUUUCGUACUGUUAUGUUUAAUCGUCUCCCAAUGAUGACUUUUAAAAGACAAGAUUUUGAAGAUUUAGAAAAAUAUAAACAUAUCAAGUGUCUAACAGGUACUAGAUCUGUACAUGAUAACCUUCUUUCGCAAUUUUUAUGUUUACAAGAAUGACUUGAUUUUAAGAAACCUGACAUUUAUGUACAAAAGGAU